AUGUUCCUUGACUCUGAAGUUAGAAAAGGGGAUGGAUCAUAUCGGUACGAAGGCGGUGAGUUCAAUCUUCUAGUUAAGGAGAUGGAAACUGGGAAAGGGGAUUUCGAGACGGAGUAUUCCUAUCCCAAGCCUUGGAAUGAGAAGCUACUCAAACGAGAACCGUGCCAGUUCACCAUUCGUUCAACCUUCGCAUGUUCUAGUUCUGAAGCAACUUUAAGGUUGAGCACUAAUUCUUGGAUUGCGGAUGGGAAAUCAAUACCAUCCGCUACCAUUAUGGUCGGUGGUCUUACGAGCAGAUUGAUGGAUGGCGGAUACCCACGGACAGGCAAUUGA